UCUCGGUCAGUCAGUGUGCGAGUGACAUAUUGUGCGUGCCCAACGGAAAACGGAUUUUCGCCAACAAUCUCUCAAAUGGCGGGCAAAGGCAAGGGCCGCGGGGCCGGAUACGAGAAGGUCAUCAGUGGCAUCAAGUACACCCUCUUCUGCUUCAUGAUCAUCACUUUUGCGAUCGGCAUCGCGAUGGUGGCGCUGUCGAUGUGGAUGUUGGUGGACCAGGACUUCCAGGGCUGGAUUUUCAUGCUCGAUAUCCCGCAGUUCUACGCCGGAAUCUACGUGCUCUUGAUAUGCGGGAUCGUCGUGAUGCUCGUCUGCAUUUUGGGCUGCCUCGGCGCGCUCAUGGAGCAGAAGGGAAAACUCAAAUUCUUCGCGGGCCUGCAGGUUCUGUGCUUUAUCAUGGCCGUGAUUGGUGCAGCAGUGUUGCUGGCCUUCGGGGCCAAAGGUUCCGACCUGCAGCCCCUGAUGAGAAACACCAUGCGCCGCCUCAUCAUGGAAUCGUUCAACCCCAACUCCGUCGAGAAGCUCAGGAUGAUCCAGGAAUCGAUUGGAUGCUGCGGCGCCGACGGAGCGCAGGACUACAUCGCGCUGAAGAAGCCGCUGCCGUCCGAGUGCCGCGACACGGUCACCGGCAACGCCUACUACUACGGCUGCGUCGAGGAGUUCACCUUUUUCAUCGAGGAGAAGGCCGCAUGGCUCGCCGGACUCGCCAUGUUCCUCUCCUUGUUCAAGGCAGUAAAUUUCGUGAUGACCAUCAUCCUGGUGAAGGCGAUCAACCGAGAGAGAGACGAGCUUACCGGCUACAAGGAGUAGACGCUGUGUGUUCGCCGCGCGUGAACCAUUUCGUCCGACGAAAAGGGGGAUGAAAUUUACUGCCGCACCCUUUCUUCCUCCUCAUCAUAUAUUUUUUGAGCAAUUUCGGGCGUCAUUUUCUCAUGUAAAUUCGCUUGUUUUAUCGCAACGUGCUGUUUCCAUACAUACAAACGUACAUAUAUUAUAUAGAAGACGCAGAGUUUAUAUAUGUGUUAUCCUGCAGAAAUGGCCAACCUGCGCGCGUGAGAACAAACACUCCCCUAGCGUCGAUUCCAGCUCGCCGCAUCUUGCGCCAAAAAUAAAACUUUUAUUUCCCUUUGUUUUUUUUACUAAGAUAUAUCGUGUGUGCUAUAUUAAUAUUUACGACCAAAGCCAGUAUUGCUGAAUUUAUAAUUAGAUCGAAGGACAAGGUUUAUAUUCCAAAUUAUGACUAUCAUGUUUUAAAUAAAAUUUUGUAUCAAACACAGA